AUGUUGUCUGAUCCUGUUACCUGUAAUCAAUGCCCAAAAACUUUCAACACCGUGAAGCUACUUCAACAACAUCAGCAAAUGUUUCACACGGAUAAGUCAUUCGUCUGCGAAAUAUGUGGCAAGGCUUUCCGUUUCCGUUCCAAUCUAGCUGAGCAUCGUUCCGUACACACAGCUUUAAAGCCUUAUGUAUGCAAGUUCUGUGGGAAGAGCAGCCGCUUAAAGGGAAACUUAACUAAGCAUAUUUUAAAACAUCAUAAAAAGGAGCAAAGUGACCAGAUUGGUAAAGAUGAUAUUAUAGUAAAAAAGGAGCCGCUCGAGUUUGAGAAACCAGUCAUUAAUCUCCAGGAUAUUCCUAGCCUAUUACCCAAAGAAGAAGCUACAGAUCAAGAAAGAUCGAUUUUAUUCUCUCUUGGUCUCGAUUACAACAGCUCACUGGACCUUCGAGAUAGCCCGGAAGCAAGCGCAAGCCCCGAAAACGAAUCACCGAGUACAUAUAAAAACGAUUAUGGAGAAAGCGAACAAUCUUAUGGAAGCCCAAUGUUGAAAGUAAGUGGCGAAACUUCUUUAGCUGCUUUAAUCGCUUCGGUCAAUUCACCUCCAUCGGCCUCAUCAGCUUCGAGUUUAACAGGAGCAAACGUAUCGACAGGAUCCACAAAUAGUGUUGCUGCAAACCUAAACAGUGUUAACCGAUUGAACCGGAUCGCCAACAAUUUGACUCCAUCAAAAUCAAAAUGUGAAAUAUGUGGAAAACAUUUCCGAAAACGUGAACAAAUGACGAUGCACAUGACGAUAAACCAUGGACAUCCUCCACCAGAAUCGACCACCUCUUCUGAUGGAGGAAAAACCAGUGAAACGGAGCAGAAUGAAGAGCCUAGCUGGUCUCAAUCAGACUUGUCGACCAUUCGAAACACUCUGAGCGAAAUCAAAACUUUAAACUCUACAUCAACAAAAAUUGAACAGCUAGUGGUUGCAAUAGAUGGUCGAGUUGGGCGUUUAGAGAAACAAGUUGAAAUGGCACUGAACUCCAUAUACACUCUUGUUCAACUGCAAACGGGUAUGAAUAGUAGUGUUACCAGGUUCCGAGAGGAAGCUUGCGACCAGUUAAAAAGCUUACGGAGUCUGCUUCAAGAUGCAGCAGAAGCCUCAAAGUCAUGA